AUGCAGAGGAAGAGCAGCUUCACUGGGCUCCUCAUCACUGCUCUGUGUGCAGUGGUCUCCUGUUGUCUGAACAAACAGUUCCACUUUGUGGAGGAAGGAGGAAAGACCUGGGAAAAGGCUCAGCAGUACUGCAGAGAGAAGUACAUUGACCUGGCCUUCAUCAGCAACCAAGACGAAGAGAACAAGACGUGGGAGGAGGCUCUGGAUCACUGCAGGAAGCACUACACUGACCUCACCAGCCUGCUGUCUGAGAAUGAGCAGCUCCUCGUCCAGAGAAUGAUGAAUUCUAAGGGGGCCCAGACGGACCAUGUGUGGACGGGACUGCGCUUCCUGGCCAGCGAGUGGCUGUGGGUGAACGGGGACCCCCUGGAGUACCAGGCCUGGACCGGGGGGAGGCUGCCCCACUGCCCCGCCCAACACCUCCGCUGUGGGACCCUGGCCAGAGAGGGAGAGCUCUGGGGAACCAGGGGCUGCGAGGAGAGGAGGAACUUCCUCUGCUCCACAUGA